AUGCCAUCUCACGAAGAAGGCGAAAGAGAACCACUUAUCGAUGAUCAAACCCGUAAAGCUUAUGGUCCAUUUGGCUUUGCACCAGAACAACUUGGGAAGCUUGUAGAUCCCAAAAAUACUGACUUAUUAGAAGAGUACGGUGGUGUCGAAAAAAUUCUUGAAGGCUUGAAGGUUGAUCCAACCGUUGGUUUAAGUUCUGAUGAAGGGUUGGAAUCUGUCAGUACAAAAAAGAAUGCACGUCCUUUCAAAGAAAGACGAGAGCAUUUCGGAAAAAAUGUUUUACCUGAAACAACUCAACGUUCCUUUUUUUCAUUAGUUUGGGAAGCAUAUCAAGAUAGAACAUUAAUUUUGUUGAGUAUUGCUGCAUUGGUAUCCCUUGCAGUUGGUAUUGGCGAAGAUUUUUCUUCUAGACAUCCUGAAGGUGAACCACGUGUUGGUUGGGUUGAAGGUGCUGCUAUUCUUGCAGCUGUUGCAGCUGUUGUUUUCACUAACGCUAUUAAUGAUUAUCAAAAAGAAAAACAAUUCAGAAAAUUAAAUUCUAAAAAAGAAGAUCGUACCGUCAAGUUACUUCGUGAUGGGAAAGAACAACAAAUCUCAGUUUAUGAAAUUAAUGUUGGUGAUAUUUUGCUUCUUGAACCAGGAGAUAUUGUAGCAGUUGAUGGAGUCUUUUUGAGUGGUCAUAAUCUUAAAUGUGAUGAAUCAAGUGCCACUGGUGAAUCUGACGCAGUUAGAAAAGGCACAGUUGAAGAUGGACUGGAUCCUUUUAUUAUAAGUGGUGGAAAGGUUCUUGAAGGUGUUGGUAAAGCUGUUGUUAUUGCAGGGCUUCGUGGCGAGGGUGACGAGGAAACUCCACUUCAACAAAAAUUAGACCUGCUUGCAGAACAGAUUGCAAAAUUAGGUGUCUCGGUUGCUUUAAUCAUGUUAAUUACACUUGUAAUCAAAUAUUUUAUUUCUGCUUCACUCUCUGAUGAAUUUCCCGAUGCUGAAACCAUUUUUGCCAAUAUGGUAUCAAUUGUUAUACAAGCAAUCACUAUUGUUGUAGUUGCUGUACCUGAAGGUCUACCAAUGGCUGUUACACUCGCACUUGCAUAUGCAACAACUCAAAUGAUCAAAGAUAAUAACUUGGUUCGUGUAUUAUCUGCUUGUGAAACGAUGGGUAAUGCAACUGCUGUGUGCUCAGAUAAAACUGGUACAUUGACACAAAACAAAAUGACUGUGGUGGAAGGUGUUCUUGCCCAAAAAUCAUUCGAAAGCGUUGAUGAUAUUAAUGCAUGGAAAGAAGGAGUUGAUUCAGCUGUUUAUGAAAUUAUUGUUGAAAGUAUUACUAUCAACUCAUCGGCAUUUGAAGAUAAAGAUGAAAAAGGAAAUCUUGAUUUUGUUGGAUCUAAAACCGAAUGUGCAUUACUUGGAUUUUCUAAAAGAUUCGGUGUUGAUUAUAAUACGUAUAGACAUGAAAAUAAACAAGUCAAAGUUUAUCCAUUUGCAUCUCAAAGAAAGACCAUGACUUCCAUAAUCAAGUUAGGCUCAUCAUCGGUUAGUUUACGCGGCAAAGCAACUGCUUCCAAUGCUGAAUAUCGUGUAUUGGUCAAAGGUGCAUCAGAAAUGGUAUUGAGUGCUUGUACUCAUUUUGUGGAUGCUCAAGGACAAACUCAAGAAUUCGAUAAAGAUUCAAAAUUGAAAUUCGAACAAACAAUCAGCAAUUUUGCAAAUAAAGCUUUACGUACCAUUGGAAUGGCAUAUCGUGACAUUACUUCUAACGAUUUCCAAAAGAUUACUGACGAGGAACCACCACUUGAGAAAUUGAUUUGUUUGGGUAUAGUUGGUAUUCAAGAUCCUCUUCGUCCUGGUGUGGUUGAAUCAGUUCACGCAUUUAAAAAAGCUGGUGUAUCGGUUAGAAUGAUCACUGGUGAUAAUAUCUUGACAGCUAGUGCUAUUGCACGUAAUGCUGGUAUUCUUACCAAGGGUAUUGCAAUGACUGGACCAGAGUUUAGAAUUUUGGAUAAGGAGAAACAGUUAGAAAAGGUGGCCCGUCUUCAAGUACUUGCCAGAUCGUCACCAACAGACAAAACCAUAGUUGUUUCACGAUUAAAGGAAUUGGGCGAAGUGAUUGCAGUGACUGGUGAUGGUACUAAUGAUGGACCAGCGUUGAAAUUGGCAGAUGUUGGAUUUAGUAUGGGAAUAGCAGGAACAGAAGUAGCUAAAGAAGCAUCAGCAAUUAUUUUGAUGGAUGACAACUUCAAUUCAAUUGUCAAAGCAUUGAAAUGGGGUAGAGCCGUUAAUGAUAGUGUCAGAAAAUUCUUACAAUUUCAACUUACAGUCAACAUUGCCGCCGUUGUAUUAUCAUUUACCAGUGCAGUUACUAGUGAUGAUAAUGAAUCGAUUUUGACAGCAGUACAAUUGCUCUGGGUCAAUCUUAUUAUGGACACGUUGGCAGCACUUGCAUUAGCAACAGAACCACCAACCGAUGAACUUCUUAAUCGACGACCAACAUCCAAGACUGCGUCAUUGAUCAGUUAUAGAAUGUGGAAGAUGAUUAUUGGACAAGCAAUUUUCCAAAUUAUAAUCAAUUUGUUUGUUAUUAACAUGGGAGCUGCAAUUUUCCAUCUUGAUGAAGACGAUAAACAUGACAAGGUUGUCUUGCGUUCCAUAGUAUUUAAUACUUUUGUAUUUUUACAAGUCUUCAAUGAGAUAAAUUGUCGAAGUAUUGACGAUAAUUUGAAUGUAUUCAGAAACAUUUUCCAUAAUCACAUAUUUAUUAUUGUGCAAAUAGUGGUUCUAGGAGGACAAUUUUUGAUUGUGGAGUAUGGAGGAGUGGCAUUUGGAACUACAAAAUUAACAUGGUAUCAAUGGCUUGUCACUGUAUUGAUUGGAUCCCUUUCAUUGCCUAUAGGACUUGUCAUAAGAUUGUUACCCAACUUCUGUGUGCCAGAAAGUAUUUUGAAUGAAGACUUCAAACCAAGUGUUAGUGAGGCUAAAAUGCAAUGGGAAUCGGGAGUUGAGAAACUGAGAGUUUUCUCUAAAUUGAGAAAGCCAAUAAUACGUGGUUCAUCUGGCGCACUCAUCGACUCUAAAUCAAAAUCAAAGCCUAGGUCAGGUGGUGAAUCUAAACCAAAAGCAAAUUUUGCUAAUAUUGUAAGUAAAGCAAAAAAUCAACAAAGAAGAGGUGGUGGUGAAUCUAGUACAUCUUAA